CCUGAAUCGGUGCACGCCAUCUUCUUCCUCAAGAUAACGAACUGCAGUUGGUCUCGACAUGAAAAUUAUCAUAACCUUCUCUCACCGCCCAACUUAGAGCAUAAUAGAUGGCGAUAAUCUCAGCCUCAAGAGAAGAUGAAGCCACAAUGUCGAAGUUGGAUGCCUGAACAAUUAAGUUCUCCUUGCUGUUUCGAAGAAUAGCACCUCCUGCCGCAGUCUCAGAUAAGUAUUGAGCAUCAAUAUUCAAUUUUAUACCCUACUUAGGUUUACUCCACUUAAUCACCUUGAGAUUGCAUCCCCUUCUUCUGAAAUCUGGCCGAAUGAGCUUCUCGGUAUCCAAGAUAUUAUCUACUGAACGAAUGAGCUUCUUGGGGUUGCAUCCUCUCGUUUCUCUCCUCUCUUUAGCGACUCUUUCUCUGCUUUAUUUUUUUCGUUUCUUCUCAGUGCUCGGACGAACGGAGUCAUCGCAAUUUUCACCGGCUUCAAAUACGCUCCUCUCCCUUUCUUUUCCCUUGUUUUCUUUCUUCUACACCACUUCUAUCAAAUACAUCCCUUUUUUCUUUCAUCCUUUGAUAUCCUUACAAUUCUCCUCUACCAGAAAAGCCCAUGAAUGGCGUGAAGUUCCUCCAAAGACCAAUAGAAGAAAAGUCUCACUAUUCAGUUCCUCACUCACUUUUAAGAUAACUCACAACAAUAUGAGUGUAGAGAAUCAGUACAGGUAUGUUAGAAUGUAGAGAAUUAACUGGAUAGUGCUGGGAGAUGGAGGAGCCUAUGUGACACAUGAAGAAUGUCAAAAGUGGUGAUCAUGGAAAUGGUUUGCUAGUAUAACUGGAUAGUGCUGGGAGAAAGGUUAAUGUACAACAUGUUUCAGAUGAAUCAACUAAAAAUCAUGUGAAAAUGCUAUUUGGGACGGACAAAGAAAGGUUGCAUUGGACGGUUGAGCAUUUUAUGUCAUUAGUUAUGGGCGUUUAAUGUGAUGUAAUGCAAGAAUGAGAGAUCAAAACACAUGAUAACCAAAUAUAUAGUUCUUGUAACUAAUUACUUUGUAAAGUUAAUGGUCUUGUAUUUAGAUUUAGGUGCAUUAAGAUUUGCUUUGGUUUUCAAUGAUGUACUUUAUAUGUUAUGAAAUUGAACAUGACUUUGAUAUUAUUGAAUUUCAAAUGUAAGUGUGUCUUAUAUAGUUCU